AACAGACGGCAGUCCUUCAAUAAGGGGGGUGGCAGAGAGGAUGGAUUUGCCACUAAAGGGUAACGAGGGGGCCCCACCCACUUAUAGUCCACUAGGAGAGCUAAGGGGGUGUCCCUGUGACAGGGGGGGGAAGCAGGUACUUACGGAUCCAACAGGGUGCCUGGUCUCUCAGGGGUAGAAGCAGAACGCAGGUACCUGUGGAGUCCGGAUCAGGCGGGUGGCCUCUGGCUCUGGCAGGCAGGCUGUGGUAGUCUCUCCCCCUUCUGUGGGGUCUCUGGCAGGCAGGCUGUGGUAGUCUCUCCCCCUUCUGUGGGGUCUC